GCAGUCCCCAUUUCAAAUUAUUUGGAAUACCAACUACAACUACUACUCCACCCUCUCUCUAGAAACCCGCCGCCGCCCGCUCCUCCUCCGGCCGCCGCAUAAUCCCCUCUAAACUCGCCGGCGGUGGCUCCCCCUCUAUUUAGGAUUUGGAUAUUUUGGCAAUCGUUUCCUCCGCCGUCUCGGUCGGAAAAUACAGAAAUUAGAAGCUGAUUCUUUUUCUCCGGCGGCAGGUCCGCGGCGGAGCAAUGGGAAUGGAACGAGGGAAGAUCUUCAACAAGUCGUCGUGGCCGAGGGCCGUCGCCAGGAAGUGGCUGAAUUUUCCGGACGAUAAGCUACGCUUUCCGUCCGAUUUCACCACUCAAGAGAGGAGAAAGAGCUGCUCCGAGCAAGACAGCAGCGCCGUGGCGCCAGAAGAUAUCGGAGUUGAAGCGUGGACGACGGAGAAGACACGUGGACUCAGAGUUAUGCCCCACAGUGAAUCUCUCAACUUGAGGAUGGUUGUGGGGACGUGGAAUGUGGGAGGAAAGCCACCAAAGGAAGGCUUGAACUUGAGGGAUUGGCUUAAAUCUCCAAUCGUAGCUGACAUUUAUGUUCUCGGGUUCCAAGAAAUCGUCCCUCUAAAUGCAGGCAACGUGCUUGGGGCGGAGGACAGUGGCCCAGCCGCCCAGUGGCUCGACCUCAUUCAGGGGGCCCUCAACUCCGACGACUGUAAUUCCUCGCCAUUAUACGACCAGCACGAAGCCAGCCAGAAACCAAGACAGAGCUUCUCGGACUUGCUCGCUUUAGACGACGACAACAAUGUUGUCGAAAGCGCCCCAUCCUGGCCAGGUAGUCCAAUGCAGCGGCAGUAUUGCCUGGCUGCAAGCAAGCAGAUGGUGGGCAUUUUCUUGUGUGUGUGGGUUCGAGCAGAUCUUUACAAACACGUCUCGAAUCUGAAGGUCUCCAGUGUCGGGAGAGGCGUCAUGGGGUUCCUAGGCAACAAGGGAUCGGUAUCCAUCAGUAUGACACUGCACCAAACAACCUUCUGCUUCGUCUGCACCCAUUUGACCUCUGGGGAGAAGGAAGGUGAUGAAGUGAAGAGAAAUUCAGAUGUGAGUGAAAUUUUGAAGAGAACAAGGUUUUCACAUUCUUUUAGAGCUACUACCACUGGAGUUCAGCCACCUCCUCCUGAGACCAUAUUGGACCAUGACAAGGUCAUCUGGCUCGGGGAUCUGAACUAUCGGCUCUCAAAUGGCUGUGCAGAGAUGUACGAGCUUCUUAGGAAGAACGAUUGGCAGGCACUUCUAGAAAAAGAUCAACUAAAGUUAGAGCAAAGAGCUGGUCGAGUGUUUAAAGGGUGGGAAGAAGGAAGAAUACAGUUUGCUCCAACUUACAAAUACAUAACCAACUCUGACCAUUAUGUUGCACUGACUUCCAACUCCAAGCCAUCCAGAGAAAAACGCCGCGCUCCUGCUUGGUGCGAUCGGAUCUUGUGGAGAGGGGAAGGAAUGAAACAGAUGUGGUAUGUAAGAGGGGAGUGCAGAUUCUCAGAUCACAGACCUGUUUACUCACUGUUUUCAGUUCAAGUUGACUUAGCAAAGAAGAAUCUAGCAGCUACCAACGCUACCAUCACCACCGCAACAAAACCGUCAGUUGAUGCCACUUUGUCAUCUUCAUGUGCGGCAAAGAUUCAAGCUGAAGAGCUCUUGCUCGGGGCAGAGACCGGCAUUGACACAUCUCUUCAGUAACUAGUACUACCACUGACCCACUUUUGUAAAGUAACCAAUCGAUACUUGAUUUCCAACAGCUGAAAAUUGAGAGCUGCAAGCUCAAAACUGGCUGCCUGGCUCCCCAUCAGUGAAGCAACAGUCAGUAGGUGAUGACUGAUCUAUCUCGACUGCUUGAGCCAUGAAGUGCAUAAAUGGCGCUUGUGGGUCAACCAUACGUUUCAGUCUGGUGAUUUUUUUUUUAUUUUGUGGAGGAAGAAGAAUCAGAUAGAUCAAGCAAGAAGUGGGCGUCAGGCUCAAAAUUUUGGUAUGAUUUUUUGAGAAAUUUGUAGAUAUAGCUAAUAUAGGACUGUGGAAACUUGAUGAUAAGAUGGGUUGAAGAAGGUGGACGGCAGGAGUAUAUAAGAAAGCAAGAAAAUUUGGGAAAUGAGAAAGAUAUUAUGGAUGGAUCAAUCUAAUUCUUACAUGUUCAUAUUUUGUAACAUUCUUCAUAAAAGUGUAUUCAGUUUCUGACUAACUGAAAGUUCAGUUCAUUGUCCAUAAAAGAGUAAUUUCCUACCAUAGAACAAGAAUUGAUUCUGGAAAAUGGAUAUAGAGACCGAUUAUACUCAGCUGGCAAGCUUUCAGAAUUAAUUAAAGAUCAGUUAUGGAAACACUUUUAAAAUUAACUACGGGAAGCACUUAUGCUGAAAUAUGAAACUUCUUUUUCAGUUUGAAAUGAAAUAUGGGGUAGAUGAACCAUAUAAUUAAUUUCCAGAUAAGGAUUUACUAUGAACUCCCAAAUUGAGUUCUACUACUGGUGAAAAAAAAA